GAGGUAUAAGAGCCUCCAAGUCUGCAGCUUUCGCCCAACUACCAGACGCUUCGCGGGCUCGCCAGCACCGACACCGAUUCCAGGAGGCCGAACGGGGCGUGCGUGUGGCGGCUGCGCGCCUUCUUUUUGGACCUCGGGGCCCUCCACACCGUCCCCUCCCCCUCCCGCCCUCCUCCCCGCCUCCCCCGCGCGCCCUCCCCGCGGAGAUCCUCCCGCUCCCUCCUCCCCGCUCCCUCCUCGGCGGGCCGCACCGCCCCGGCCGGCGCCGCGCGCUGGGGAAGCUGGCGGGCUGAGGCGCCGCGCUCCAGUCCCUCUUUCCCGGGCCGCUCCUCUGCCCCGGGCCCCCGAGGCCGCGCACAUCGCCCGCCCGAGAGAUGAUGCAGGACGUGUCCAGCUCGCCAGUCUCGCCGGCCGAGGACAGCCUGAGCAACAGCGAGGAGGAGCCGGACCGACAGCAGCCACCGAGCGGCAAGCGCGGGGCUCGCAAGCGGCGCGGCAGUCGGCGCAGCGCGGGCGGCGGCGGCGCGGGGCCCGGCGGCGCCGCAGGCGGGGGCGUCGCGGGCGGCGACGAGCCGGGAAGUCCGGCCCAGGGCAAACGCGGCAAGAAAUCUGCGGGCUGCGGCGGGGGCGGCGGCGCGGGCGGCGGGGGCGGCGAGCAAUCGUACGAGGAGCUGCAGACGCAGCGGGUCAUGGCCAACGUGCGGGAGCGCCAACGCACGCAAUCGUUGAACGAAGCGUUCGCCGCCCUGCGGAAGAUCAUCCCCACACUGCCCUCGGACAAGCUGAGCAAGAUUCAGACCCUCAAGCUGGCCGCCAGGUACAUCGACUUCCUCUACCAGGUCCUCCAGAGCGACGAGCUGGACUCCAAGAUGGCAAGCUGCAGCUAUGUGGCCCACGAGCGGCUCAGCUACGCCUUCUCGGUCUGGAGGAUGGAGGGAGCCUGGUCCAUGUCCGCCUCGCACUAGCAGGAGCUCCCCACCCCCUCGGCAGGGCCGGAGACCUAGAUGUCAUUGUUUCCAGAGAAGGAGAAAAUGGACAGUCUAGAGACUCUGGAGCUGGAUAACUAAAAAAAAAAAUAAAUAUAUAUAUAUAUAUACCUAAGAUUUUCUUGGAGAUUAGAAGAGCAGAACCCAGAUUGAAAGAAACAGGGCGUGGGGCGCACUUUUAAAAGAGAAAGCAAGCGAGACAGGGCCGUGGACACUGAUUCCCAGACGGGCAGCGGCACCAUCCUCACACCUCUACAUUCUGAUAGAAGUCUGAACAAUUGUUUUUGUUCUUUUUUUGUUUGUUUUUUUUUGUUUUGACGAAGAAUGUUAUUUUUUAUUUUUACUUUUCAUGCAUGCAUUCUCAAGAGGUCGUGCCAAUCAGCCACUGAAAGGAAAGGCAUCAUUGCGGACUUUCUCCAUUUUAACAUGGUAACAAUGAGAGGGAUUGCAGAACACCUUUAAAAAUAAAAUUGCUGGGAUCAAACUGGCCUGCAAAAUCAUAGUCAGUUAAUUCCCUUUUUCGUUCUUCUUCUGAGGGG